CGUGGCUGAGUUGCUGUCGUUCCCAAACACUUCCACGUUCUUAUAAUACAGCUGACAGUUGACUGUGGAAUAUUUAGGAGCGAGGAAAUUUCACGACUGGAUUUGUUGCACAGGUGGCAUCCUAUCACAGUUCCACACUGGAAUUCACUGAGCUCCUGAGAGCGACCCAUUCUUUCACAAAUGUUUGUAAAAACAGUCUGCAUGCCUAGGUGCUUGAUUUUAUACACCUGUGGCCAUGGAAGUGAUUGGAACACCUGAUUCUGAUUAUUUGGAUGGGUGAGCGAAUACUUUUGGCAAUAUAGUGUAUUAUUAUAUAAAAAAAAAUUAUUAAAGGGGAAGAAACUGCCUUGGAAGUAUUUAUAGUUGAGAAAAUAAUGUGUUUCCGAAUAAGGCCUUAGACUAAUGAAAAAUAAACAUCAUUAUUAUUAUUAUUAUUAUUAUUAUUAUUAUUAUUAUUAUUAUUAUUAUAAAGAUGUUGAGGUUCUCUUUGGGAGUGAUACAGUUGGACAGGAUUAGGAACAAGUACAUCAGAGGGACAGCUCAUGUUGGACAUUUGGGGGACGAAGUUAGGGAGGACAGAUUAAGAUGGUUUGGACAUGUCCAGAGGAGGGAGAGUGAGUAUAUUGGUAGGAGAAUGUUGGACAUGGAGCUGCCAGGCAGGAGGCAAAGAGGAAGGCCAAAGAGGAGGUAUAUGGAUGGAAUAAAUGAGGAUAUGAAGCUAGUGGGUGUAAGUGUUGAGGAUGCAGAAGAUAGGGAUAGGUGGAGAGAGAUGAUUCACUGUGGAGACCCCUGAAGGGAAAAGCCCAAAGAAGAAGAACAUUAUUAUUAUUAUUAUUAUUAUUAUUAUUAGUUGUAACAUGUAUGAAAUAAAAUAAAGCAGCCUUGUUUGUCUAAAACAAUGUUUCACUGCAGUAAAUGUGACCCUUAACAGAGAGAGGGCUAAACCGAAAUGGAAUUAUUUCUAAAUAAAUAAAUAUAAAAGUUCACACACAAAUGAACAUAAAGGAGAAGGGAAAUGGGCCGUAUCUCUGUGAGGUCUGAGGUGAAUGGAGCCGAGUAUGUGCUCUUAUCUGCCCUGUUGGUGUGUUUGGACCCAAGCCAGCUCUGUCUCCCACACACAGACACAGACACACACACAUAUACACACACACACACACACACACACACAGAGUCAGAAACCCUCUUUUUUCUGCUGCCUGAAUGCUAAAAGGUCUAAUGAAGCGUCCCAUUAAAGAAAGGGCCACUUAGAGGUUUCCACCAGCUCAAUCAGCAGCUCGAGGCCUUUAGUGCAGAUUAAGAAAUUAAGCUAAUUCGUCUAUUGUGAGAGCACCACAGGAAGGAGCAAUCAUUUUUUACUGCUGUGUCAGCUUUUCCCAUUCAUACAGCUCCUGGUGACAGGCAACAAUUAACUUUUCUCAGGUCUGCCAUGAAAAUUUAAUUCAAAUCAGACACGCUGCCUUCCGGGAAUCUCACACACACACACACACACACACAAAUGAAGGAUGUCUCAUCUGUUGCGCACACUGUCGCAGGGAUACACUUUUUUUUUGCAUUUUUCAUUCGGAGACAGUUCAAUCUGGAUUGCCUGAGCAAAUUUUACUCAACAAAACCUUACCACAACGUUCCUACAACGUUUCAGUUUUUAAUAGAAGUGCUACAUCAUGUAUUUAACUCAGAUAGUAAAGCGUAUAAACUGCAACUUUUUGCAUUUUUUUACACAUUUUGCAUUCUCUCAGCAUGAAGCUAGGCACAGUGUAGCGGGAGGUCGAAACUGUGCUACAUCAUCGAGACGCGUUAGAGAAAGAUCAUUCAGAUAAAACGUCCAAUCCAAGGUCCCUCUCAAACCCGUAGUCACUUUACACAACUCAACAAUGUGUGAUCAUAAUAGAAAACAUUUCUAAGCCGUGUCUGCUCUGAAGCUUUUACAGUGUUAACGCCAAAUGUGGACGUGUUACAGCAUGAAACCAUGUUACGGCUGGUCACUUAACAAUAGAAACCCAGUUAGAAACUGAGGUGAAAACCAGGACGUAGCGACACUUAACAAAAACGACUCGGUACAUAGAGUCAGGCGGCAAAACACCCGACAUCAGGGAAGUGUGCGCCGUAGCGAGGGGGAAAUACGUCACACUGAAACAUUAGCAGAAGUUGGAUAUCGAGGAACGAACGUCUGUCUUAACUUAAAAAGAGCAAAAAAGAUCAUAAAGCUGUGAAAGAUAACAGCACUGAUAAAAGUGGAAGCGUGAGAUAAGACGUUAUUUAAAGUGGACACGCGCCGGAUUCAUCCAAUCAGGGUUGUUGAUGUGUGAAUAUGCAAAUGAGACAAAGAUUUCAGAGGGGUUUAGGAAUGUAGAGUGUGAAACAUCAGAUGAUGAAGAUCCAGGAUUCAGAGUUAACCCCAGGGAAAGGAGGAACAGUGUGUGACCUCCGACUACACAACUCCAGGAUUCCCUUUACCCAGAGAGCACUAGGACCCAGGGGAAAAGCCUUUAGUUCAAUCUGUCAGGAUAUUCACAGAACUUUUAAUAACAUUUAGAAAUAUUCACCAGGAUGUUUUGUUUCAGUAACUUUACUUUUAGUAUAAAUGCUAAUAAUGUGUAAAAAAAAAAAAAAAAAAAGAUUUAAAGAUUAAUCUGCUCACUUUAUUAUAAUUUAAAGAAUGCCAUUGCAAACCAGUUUUUAAGACAUUUGUUCAUAUAUAAAAUCAACAUGGGAAUGAAUUCCUUUAGUGUAAUUUACAUCCCCGUAAGUGAAGCUAAUGAUCUGUUAAUUAGGCUAAUGAUCUAGAGCGGCCGUUUUGAAACGUAAAGAUAGCACUUUGAUUAGAAUAAGAUGGCAGAUGGCCAGGAGGCACAAAAUAACUCUCUCUGCAACCGUGAAUGUGGCAAAAAAUAUCUUUUUAGAUCGUUAUCAUAAUUAACAACUCGUUAGCUUGAUUAACAUGCGUAGUAAUUAUACUGUACAAAUUACGAUGAUGGAAAAUAAAUGCCGUGUCACAUUUUGUCACUUCAGAAGACUUUAAAAUCAAACUUUUUCCUCUCACUGAAACAGGAGAAAUAUAUACCAGCUUUCAUAGCUGACAGAGAACCUUUCCAAAUAAAAAAAAAGUAUAUAUACCAUAUAAAACAUUACAUAUAAAAGUGCAUAGUGAUUAGUAAGGAUUAGAAGCUUUAUCAGUAAAAACAGUGGAAUUUUUUUGCCAAACAUGCCCAAGUACAGUUCUGUCCUGUAUAUUAUAUACAGCUGUACAGAAAAGUUUGGACAAAAUUCAUUAAACAAGAACAGAUCAUCUCUACACUAGCUAUAAAAAGCUCCUGUCACAGAGCCGAGGUGUUACUCAUUACUGAUUCAGUAAGGCGUCCAGAUUUUUUACAAAACACUGGAACCUCAGCACAGGAAUGCCCUCCCUUAUGAAUUUUAGAGACCAUACCAGAAUUGAAAUUUUGUAAGAAUUUGCAUUGUCGUAUGAAGCAUUCUUGGCAUACGAACGAACCGAACAGCGGCUAAGUUGCGCAAAUGUCCAGGAGCAACUUUUUCGAUUGAUUUUUUUCCAGAUACUCCAUAAUCUUCAUGAUGCUGUUUGUUUAGUUACUCUGAGUUGGUCCAGGAACACUGACAUCACAUAACACUUUUAUUGCCCCACAGGUCAACAUUAUUCAACUUAUUAUGCAACUUCAGGUGUUCUAGACAACAGGAGUGAAUACUUAUAUAAUAUUUGUAAGUAUAUUGACUUUCUCCUUACUUCUAUAUUAUUUUUUUCUGUGUAGAAUCAAGAUUUAUAAUCCCAGUUAUUCCACUGAUCAAAUUAUCAAGCUACUACCACCACCAUGCUUUACAUUGUCUCCAAGCAGCUUUCAAGAAGUAUAGAAAAAAUGAUAAAGUUUAAAGCUAAGUUACUAUUUACCCCUAACAUUUAUCCCUAAUGAAAAGCCUGAGGUGACUGUGGUGAGGAGGAACUCCCUGAGAUCUCAUCUCACCUCAUCUGAGGAAGAAACCUUGAGAAGAACCAGACUCAGAAGGGAACCCAUCCUCAUUUGGGUGACACUGGACAGUAAAUAAUGUAACUGUAACUGAUUAAUGUCCUUUCUACAACAGCAACCAAGGGCCCAUGAGGAACUAUUAGGUCAGUGUAGUUUCUAAGUUCAUUAUAGACUAAACACUAAUUCCUUCCUGCUGAAAGCUGGCUGAAGCAAUGGCAGUUCAAAGAGGGUGCGAUAGUCUCCAACUGGUUGUAUCCACAGCAGACCCCUGGGUCACAGGCUGUCCACAGCAGCAGUACGUGCCACUGGUAGAGCAUCUGGGUGGAUCAGGCAGGACCGGAAAAAAGAAGUGGUCCCACUGGGAAUUCAGAACACUGGGAGCUCGGGAGUUGGAUGUAUAGCCUGACAGAGAGAUAGAGUCAGUGAAGUCUGGUAAACUGUUUCUGAAGAACUUUCUUCAGGGAAGGUCACAUGACCUGAAGGCACUCUGUCCGAGUAGCAAUGAGGCAGUUACAUCAAAUGAUACAUUUCUUUAACAUUGGAUUUCAAAUGUUACCUUCAUGUCAUCCCUGUUUGGGGUCACCACAGUGGAUCAUUUGGUCCGCAUUUAUCGAUUUGGCAUAGGUUUUAUGCCGGAUGUCCUUUCUGAUGCAACCUUCCCACCGGCACUAAGAAUGAACUCUUCAGUGGCUGGGUUAGCGCCCUGCAUGGGGAUUGAACCCAGGAGCGUCAAUGAGAGUACAGGAUCCUGCCAUUGGACCACCAGGAGACUCAAAUGUUGCCUUCAUAACCCUGAUUAAUGCUGUAACUUUAGUCGGAUAUAUUCUCGGGUCACAUGAUAUCAUUUUUAAAUUGCAUGUUUGUGAGUGUGUGUAGAAUCUCUUUAUGAAAUUCUGUUCUGCAGAUUGACAGUAAAGUUGAGAGCGAUGUUCUAUCUCUGCCUUCAGCAUUUCACUCCAUAGCAUCACUUCCCUUUGAAGUUCCUCUCUCAGUCGAAGCCAAAAAGUUCUUUCAUGGUUUUUCUAAACAUCUUGCUGAUGUAGUGCAAAUAUAAAGAGUACAGAGUAAAGAAGUGAAGCGCACAGAACCCACAGGUGCUAAUUGGUUAAGCUUUAAUCCUCAGGCUCAGGAUGCAUCGCUAUCAAAUUACACAUUUACAUUUAGGCACUUGGCAGAUGCUUUUAUCCGAAGAGGCUUACGAGUAAAGCUGAAUUAAUUCCACGUGCCGAGCUGAUUAAAGCCACCGACAAACGUCAAACACAUGCUGCGGGAUUACACAUGAUUAAUUCUCUGACAGCAGUGCAGCUGCAAAUAACAGGUUUGUAGUAAUGCGGUCGUUCUAACGCGUCAUGGUUGCUAUAGCAACAGAUCGUUCGCAGGGAUAUCUCCAUUCAAAAAUGUUGAAGUUUUCUGUAGUGAUGCAUUUACUUAAUGUUUAUGGAAGGAGUCUGCAGUGGAAACAGUGACCUUUACCCCUGCGGUGAUUAUUUUACUCGAACAGUACAACACGCGGUCUUAGAUAGACUGAAUGUGUUAAGGAGCACAGUAUUUAUCAGCUCCGCUAACUGCCUUCUGUUUAGUUUGGAUUUUCCACUAAAAGUCACUUAGGAUAAAAGCAUGUAAAUGUGAAGGCAGCGAUGUGAAAAGCGACGCCGAGGCGUCUGUAAGAGCGGUGACGGGAUCAACAUGUUUCAUCAUCAGUUUCAUCCGAUCGAAGAUUAACUGCUGUACUUUGCUCUAGAUUUCAGUAAACACCUGAAUGCAAGCAAGAAAAUAUUCCCAAUUUGCAUUCCUGCACUAAAGCCGUGCACUCAAUGUGACAGGAAGUGUAAUAAGGGGAGUGGAGGAGUUGAUCAGCUCAUCAGCCGUCUGGAGUCAUUUCAGAUUCAGCCCUGAAGCGUCCCUUCACUAAAGCACACUUUUAAUGGGAGGAAAAAGCAUUUUGUAGCCUCGGUACACCUGAGUCAUCUGAUGAAGAAGUUGAAAAUGAGGCACUUGGUGAAAAUGAGCGCUUUAUCAGGUUCACUAGAGCAGAAACAAAUGAAAUAUUAAAUGCUGUGAAAUGUGAAGUGAAUGUGGAAAAGAAUGUGGAGCAGAGUGUUCCAAAGAAAUUCAGCUAAUUAAAUAAUGCAGAUCAGCAUUGGCUGAAACAAUUAGCAUCCUGGACAGCACACUUUCUGGAACCGAAACAAGGAGAGGUGGCCUUUGUGAAGGAGGCGUGGCCUCUGUGUUAGUCUUAGUGAAGAAGGUGUGGUCUCUGUGUGUCAAUCUCAGUGAAGGAGGUGUGGUCUCUGUGUCAGUAUCCAUGAAAGACUUGUGGCCUCUGUUUGUCAGUUUGAGUGAAGGAGGUGUGGCCUCUUUGUAUCAGUCUCUGUGAAAGAGGUGUUACUGCCAGGGAAGGAGAUGUGGCCUCUAUUUUUCAGUGAAGGAGGUGUGGCCUCUGUGUGUCAAUCUCAGUGAAGGAGGUGUUACUACCAGGAAAGGAGGUGUGUCCUCUGUGUGUCAGUCUCAGUGAAGGAGGUGUGGCCUCUGUGUGUCAGUCUCAGUGAAGGAGGUGUAGUCUCUGUGUGUCAGUCUCAGUGAAGGAAGUGUGGCCUCUGUGUGUCAGUCCCAGUGAAGGAGGUGUGGCCUCUGUGUGUCAGUCCCAGUGAAGGAGGUGUGGCCUCUGUGUGUCAGUCUCAGUGAAGGAGGUGUGGCCUCUGUGUGUCAGUCUCAGUGAAGGAGGUGUGGCCUCUGUGUGUCAGUCUGAGUGAAGCGGGCCUGGCCUCUGUGUGUCAGUCUCAGUGAAAGAGGUGUUAUUGCCAGGAAAGGAGGUGUGUCCACUAUUGUUCAGUGAAGGAGGUGUGGCCUCUGUGUGUCAGUCUCAGUGAAGGAGGUGUGGUCUCUGUGUCGGUCACAGUGAAGGAGGUGUGGCCCCUGUGUGUCAGUCUCAGUAUAGGAGGUGUGGCCUCUGUGUGUCAGUCUCAGUAUAGGAGGUGUGGCCUCUGUGUAUGUCAAUUCCACCUACAGGCAAUGAAAAAUAGAUGUCUGUUAUGUGUUCCAAUACUUUUGAUGACUAGAACAAUUGGUGGGUUGCAACAAAAGCUGCUAUGUUCCAGGAUUUUUCACACUUCAUCACGUAUUCAUCUUACGAUCUCAAACCCAAACGUCUUUAAUGUAGCAAAAGCAAUAGCAUGGACCUUGCUGUUCCAAUACGUAACUAGAUCAGACCUGAACAGCUGUUUUAAAAAAGCUGGUGUUUUAUCUUUAGAGUAAAGCGAAACAGACAGAAAACAUUCAGCAUGAGUUCUUACACACAUGAACUUACUCUCUCCACACUCCCGUGUCAGGGGACACACGACAGAGUCUCCAGCCGUGUUAAACGUGUCGCUGCAGCGUGAGCUCGUUGCCCUCUAGUGGUGACUAGUAAAACUACACACUGCAUUCUGAUGAGAUUUAGUAGAAACCUUGAUGAAGAAGCAUUUACAUGGAUAAUGGAUCAUACCUCUGAUUCCUCUAGCAUUAGCAGGAUCAUUUAGCAUUAUUCACAGUUAGCCAUGUGUCGUCGCUAUAGUGACAGUAUAUUGCUUAGCGUUCCAGACACUGGACACAAGAGCGGAGGAAGUAAUAAAGAAAGCCUUGGCCAUGCCCUUGAAAGUUGUAAUGAAAGUGUGAGGAACUUUUUGAAUUUCUGUUGAAGUGUCCAAAUUGCCUGAAGUGAAAGACAAGAUCUUUUUUUUUUUUUAUCUCUCUUUUGCUUCCCCGCUCCUUCCUGCCCGGCACAACGGCAGCAACGAGCACGUACUUCCAACUUCGGAGUCACGAGGGACGAUCCUACCUGAUUGGAAAGUCGAUGAGUCCAUCCUUCUGACCUUGAGCAAAAUGGCUGGCUGUCUCCGAGUAAGAGACUGGACGAGUCCUGAACGGAAAAGAUCUGGGAUUGCUCUCGUGUUGCUCCUAUUCACAUGCUAAUGAGAACGUUGAGUGUGCUAAUCAGACCUGCGUGUGCCCCCUCUGUCCUCGCACCCAGAGACCAAGUGUGGGAGAGAAAGUGGCUGUAGGUGUGAGGGAUUGCUGAUAUUCGGACACUGCGAUUAUGCUAAUAUUUUUUUUAAUACACUUUGAGAAGCCCACAACGUCUGAGUCAUCAUGAUAAGUCACACAGCAUGACAUAACAGCUAGGUAGAAACGCUACGUUAAAGAGUUUGCUCAGUUUGAAGCUCAGAGCUACUGUUUUGCUAACGUUUCUCCAGUUUAACUAGCUAGCUAGUAUACUGGAUUUUUUUUUACAAAAACCUUUUAUUCUCUGAUUUAUUUAAUUUAAUUUAUUUAUUUAUUUAUUAAGUGCUUAAAGUGAUUAAAUACCAUGAUGAGAAAAAGAUUCUUUCUUUCUUUCUUUCUCCUCUUCCUUCUCACUCUCUAUCCUCCCCUCUCUCUCCCCCCCUCUCUCUCCCUCUUUUUCUCCCCUCACCUUUUCCUUUCUUAUCUCUGCCUGUUUUCUUUCUUUCUUUCUUUCUUUCUUUCUUUCUUUCUUUCUUUCUUUCUUUCUUUCUUUCUUUCUUUCUUUCUUUCUUUCUUUCUUUCUUUCUCUGAUAUUUAUAAAGUGGUCUAUUGUUAACUGAUUCAUUACCAUGAUGAGAAAAUAUACUACAAUUCUCUGAAUUCUAUUCAAUUCUAUUCCAUUUAUGUAGCAAUGCUAACUGUUUUGAAAUUGAUGCAGAACAGAGGGAUUUAAAAUGUUCCCUAAUGAACAAGCCUGAGGUGACGAUGGUGAGAGAACACCAUGAGGCGAUGUGAGGAAGAAACCCUGAGAGGAACCGGACUCUGAAGGGAACCUCAGCCUCAUCUGGAGGCACUGCAUCCUGAGAGGAACGGAUUCAGAGCAUCAGCUCACAGAGCGUAAGGUUCAGACGAGGUGGACGAUUUCUCCAUGCAGCAUGAAGCAGGUGGAGAUUUUGGAUGAUAAAACCAAAGAACAGCUGUGUUUCCUGGACAAGCAGGUUGAGUAUCACUCCACUGUUGGUGAUAUUAAAGGACUUUUUCACAGAGUGUACCCUCAGUGGUAUCCAGCAAGACAAGCACUCAAACUCCAUCCCAAAUCGGCCGAGCUGAGAGACGAUGAGCUUUUACAGAAUCUUCCGGUUGGUGUGACGGCCACGCUGUAUUUCCAAGACCUUGGCCCUCGCUUUGGCUGGACCAUGGUAUUUCUGUCGGAGUACGUAGGACCUCUCCUGAUUUACCUGCUCUUCUAUUUCCGACUUCCCUACAUCUACACCCAUACACACAUCCUCACUCCACCUGGACCCCACCCUGUGGUCAGUCAGUUUCUCUCUCUCUCUCUCUCUCUCAGUCUGGCAUGUGUGUGUCAUUCUCUCCAUUACAUAAAGAGAUUGAUGGAGACAGUAUUUGUGCAUCGGUUCACCCAUGGCACUUUGCCUGUAGGGGUCAUCAUAAGAAACUGUGUGUAUUACUGGGGUUUUGCUGCGUGGUUGGCAUAUUACAUUAAUCACCCACUUUACACUCCGCCAUCUUAUGGACAACCACAGGUCAUCUGUGCACUCGUCAUGUUCAUGCUGUGUGAGGUGGGAAAUUUCUCUAUUCACUGGUCACUCAACACCUCCGGAGCAGACGCAGGAGUGAAAUACCGAAGUUUUCCUCAUCCCUCUAAAAACCCAUUCACUUGGCUCUUCUUCUUUGUUUCCUGUCCCAACUAUACAUAUGAGGUUGGAGUGUGGGUGAGUUUCUCCGUCAUGACUCAGUGUGUUCCAGUCGCCGUCUUCACACUGAUCGGAUUUGUUCAGAUGACCAUAUGGGCGAAGUGGAAACACAAAGCCUACACCAGGGAAUUUAAGGACUACCCGGCUCUCCGAAUGUCCAUCCUCCCGUUCAUCCUGUGACAGGAAAACACACAAAUCUUCUGGAUUCACCUUCACUCAUUCCUGCUAUUAAACACCACCUGACUCCUCAGUUACCUCUAAUCACCUUUCAUGCUCUGGGUUUAAAGAUGAAGCAACUCCAGCAAUGUUUAUUUAGCUGUUUCCUGAUGGUGAAGAAGAUGAUGAUGAAGUUGUUUAUGUGUUCUUUUCCUGUUUGUAUAAAACGUUUUCUACAUCUCUGUCUCUCUAUUUUGUUUCUGGUCCACUAACCCCAAAUUAAAUUGUAUUAUUAGUUACAGAACAGAGGGUUUAACAUUUGUAAAUGAUGGGUGUUUACAGUGGCUGUGUCCUAUCUUUAUUUCAUCACAGGUUGCCAUGGUUUCACUGGUAGCAUCAGACUGCUGAGAUGUCCACACAAGCUUGCUAUAGAAGGUCUAUAAAUCUUCUUGGUAACAAUAAAAUUCUGAAAGGAAAUGCUUAUGCUUAAAGAGUGCAUCACUGUAGCAUCAUUACUGUUUGGUUUCUACAAACUGUUCAUAAAAAACUGACAUUGCUUUGUAGCCUCAGUGCUAUUUAUUAAAAAUCUGCAUUCCUCUAAAGCUCUAGAAUCAAUCUCACAUGUACAGAGAGAGAGAGAGAGAGAGAGAGAGAGGAUCACUAAUUAGUCCCUAAAGACUGGUCUUAGCUACAGCUCGAAUACAGAUGUUAUUGACUCCUUCCAGCGAGGACAAGUGUCGCCUCCAGCUGAAGCCUGAAGCUAAAUGUCCUGUCUUACACACCCUGAGGAUAUGGUCUAGAGUGGUAGCAACAGAGAGAGAGAGAGAGAGAGAGAGAGAGAGACAGAGAGAGAAAAUGAUGAAAGACCUCUCUUUCAGACUUUGCUUAGCCACAUCACCAUCAUCUAAUCUAAUACAAUGAUUUCUUUAUUUUCUUUAUUUGAAAAAAUAUAACAGUACAAUAACAG